UCUUUAAUGGGCAUCUUUUGGCCAGAGCAGAGAGGGGAUGAUUCUUCUCAUUUUCUUAGGGCUUCUUUUUUUAGCUUAAACCGGAAUGAUCGGGUCAAGCUAUUACUAAUGGGAAAAGGGAAGGGGAAACAGCUGUCCUCUUGUUUCCGCCGCCGGCGUUGCCGAACCUAGUUCGCCAUUUCAGGUAAUACUCGAAGAGCCGGCAUGUGACCUUUUCCAAGCGGAGGAACGGUUUGCUCAAGAAGGCGUUCGAGCUCUCCGUUCUUUGUGAUACAGAGGCCGGCGUCAUCAUCUUCUCCCAACAGGGGAAGGUGCAUGAGUUUGCCAAUUCCAGAUUCCUGGUGAAUAUUUUGAUAUGAUCUGUUUGAAGUGCAGCACUGGAAGCAGGAAGCAACUCUAAAUGCAAAGAAGUUUGAAUUCCUUGAAGCUUCCAAUCGACUAAUGUUUCAGUGAACUGAUGGGCGAAAACCUGGAGUCCCUCUCAUUGGAAGAUCUGAAUAAGUUAGAAGGUCAGCUUGAACAAGACCUAGGCAACAUUAGAGGAAUAAAGAUUCGCUUGCUAUCAGGGCAGGUAACACACCUUAAAGAAAAGACGAGGGUGUUGUCAGAGGAAAAUGAAUUGGUACAGAAUCAAUGCAAGGAGACCCAGCAAAUCUUAGAUUCCACACGGUUGGUGGCUCUCUAUGAUAACAAUAAUCAGCACAAAGAAGCAGAAACCGACCUGUACAUUGGAUGUUUUGGGGAAGAUGAAAGAUCUAGCAAUGGCAGAAAGGGUGACCUUCUACAAUCUGAAAUAUCCAAUAACAAAGGUCUGCAGCUCUGCUUUGCCAAUAACAGCAUGCAAAAUGUCAUCGAGCGAUAUAAAAUGAACCUGGUAGACUUGAGCAGCACUAGCAGUGCAACUGAGCAAAAUAUUCAGCGUUGGAAGCAGGAAGCAGCUCUAAAUGCGAUGAAGAUUGACUUCCUUGAAGCUUCCAAUCGUAAGCUGAUGGGCGAAAACCUGGAAUCCUGCUCAUUGGAAGAUCUGAACAAGUUCGAGUGUCAGUUUGAGCAAGGCCUAGUCAAUAUUAGAGGAAUAAAGUCUCGGUUGCUAUCCCGGCAGGUAACACAACUUGAAGAGAAGACGAGGGUGUUGUCAGAGGAAAAUGAAUUGCUACAGAAUCAAUGCAAGGAGACCCAGCUAAUCUUAGAUUCCACCCGGUUGGUGGCUCUCGAAGACAACAAUAAUCAGCACAAGGAUGUAGAAACCGACCUGUACAUUGGAUGUCCGGGAAAAAAAAAGAUCUAAUACUGCCAGAGAGGGUGACCAUCUACAGUCUCAAAUAUUCAAUAACAAAGGUUUUCUUCUUAAAAUAACUCCACCAAUUCUCUAUAAUAAUUGGAUGUCCGAACAGAAUAAUAGAUGAUGUAGUUAUGUUUACAUAAUCUUCUAUUCAUCGAAGUUGCAUAAAGCUGGUUUAUUUUGUUUAGCCUGAAUCGUCUACGAACUUAACUUGACGAUAAACGUUAAAGGCAUUUUAUACAUUGUACUUUGCUUUCUGCUGGCACAGUCUAGACAGAAUUGAGUUUCUGGAGAUGAUAAUUAAUGUAUAUAUACAGAGAACUGGUCUUGUUGCGUGUGCUUUAGAUAUGAAAAGAAAUGGUCUUUGCCUCUGAUAA